UCUGGUUCUUCUUUGAUAUUUGCAAUCGGUAAAAUGCUAAAUAUUUUAUUUUUAUAUAUUACUAUCAUAAUUAAUAUAUUGGGAUUUGCCACAGCUUUAGAUUCUAAACAGGAUCCAGGUUUACUCUUCAGUUAUGCUGGAAAACAAAAUAAAACAUUUACUCAUACAUUACCAAAUACUAAUACGAUAUCGUCAUAUAAUGCAACUUAUAUAGAUAAAGCAGAAAAUAUUCUUCUCAUGCCGAAUCUAAAAAAUAAUUAUGUAGAGCAAAAAAGCAAAAGAAAAAUAAAAAAAUCACCGAAAAGAACAAUACAGAAGAUAAUAAAGAAGAGUAAGAGCAGAAGGAAACUAUACAUUAAUUCGAUUCAACCAACACAACCAACUCAAGUAAAGAAAAUAGAUUCAUUAGAUAAAGGUAAUGUAAAAGAAGAGUUAUUAAAAAAAGUUGAAAACAAAACAAAAUUUGAAGCAAAUCAGAAGAAAAAUCAGAGAAAAUAUAAUAGCAAAUUAGUACGAUAUUCAAUGCCAUUUCAAAGAUUAGCAGCACAGAAGAAUAGUAAUUUCCAUAGAAGAAAUAAAAGAGAACAGAACAGAGAAGAUGUAUUUAUAUUAGAAGAUUUAGAUGAAAUGGAAUUUUUGAAUAAAGGUAAAGAUAGUAACAUUGUUAAAGCACACGUAAAGCAGUAUUGGUAACAUUCAAAUGUAAAUUAUAUGAUAAUGUUUUAAUGGAAUACAAUUACCAAAAAUUA